AUGAAUCAGCUCCAGGAUUUGAUAAACAGUGUCGGCAAGAGUUCUGCCGCACAAACAGUUUUGCAGAACGAGCACGUACGGAACGCAUGGCACGCCAUCCAGAAAAAUGAAAGCUGGCUCCUCUACGGCAGCCUGUCGCUCGCCGUGGCUCUGCUGGUGAGCAUGUCGUUUGUGGCCCAGCCGAAGCCAAAGAAGAGAAAGAGGUCGAAGAGAUCCAAGUUGCAAAAGCCUGAGCAGCCAAAGCUGAGUCCAGAGCAGCAGGCGCAGCAGGACAUCGAUGCCAUUUUGCGCGACUUUGAGACCAACUACGUUCCGGAGAUGGACAAAUACAUUGAGGCCGUGGAACAGGAAAUCGCCAAACCUAGCCCACCCAAGCGGAAGUCCAAGAAGUCGGCAAAGAAAGCGGACGCCUCGUACAAACAAAAGUACGAGUAUCAGUACCUGUACUUCAACGAGAGCUUGUUGAAGCUGCUGAUGAAACUGGACUCAGUGGAGAUCCACGACAGCCAGGACCUCAGAGCCAAGCGCAAGCAGUGCAUCAAGACGAUCCAGAGCUAUUUGAAGAAACUCGACUCCUACAAGCCCGAAAUCGAUAAGCUUACCAAAAAGGGCCUGUAA